CAUUUAAGACAAGAAAAGGUGUGUCAUGCGAUCAUGUCAUGUGGUGACAUUUCACUACGACAUAUUAUAGUGCGACACCGUCACAACGUGACCUUCUAAUAUUUAAAAAGCUUUAACGCUGCGACAAGUGAACAUAACUUCGGGAAUAUUUAGGACACACGAUUUAGAUGUAGCUCGUUACAUUUUCAUGGCUGUUGAUUACAGUUUUUGUUCCGUUUAAUUAAUUAAUUUAAAGACCGGGACAGUCUAUAUUUCCUUGUUUCAGUACUUUUGACACAGCUGCGAUGUUACGAUUUUUCACUAACCAGGGUUUUUAUGAACUCUGGAAAUGCAGUCAUUUUGCGGCAUCCUGUGUUACCAAGAGGCAAGUCGUAAGUUUCCUCCGAGUCAGCAGCGCUGCUCAUCACCGACUACACAUCCCUGCUCGCCACUUCAAUACUGCGAUCCCUGUGUGGAAAGACAUCCUCCAGCCAAAAACAGAUAAUUCCGAGGACAUCGAGUCACUAGAUGUGGACAAAUGGAAAUCUGUAAUGAGGGCCCAAGCAUCCCAAGAAAAACAAGUCAGUGAUAAAGAGGAAGCAUGUGAUAAUGAAAACCUGAAAGAACCAGGUGGCGAUUUGAAGGACAGUUCUUCACUGGAGGCAACUCGGGAACUGGUUGCAAUGUGGCAGCAAGCCGGGAAGUGUGUACCUCAAAAGCUCACGGAGGAACAGGUUCAGAUUGUGGCAGGGCUCACCACCAAGUCCUCCAGGAAGAAAUACCUCAAGUUCCUGGCUCUCAAGGAGCGUGUGAAAUUGGCCGAUAAGGAGAAGCAACAGAAAAGGGCGGCAGAGAGGGAAGCCUACGUGGAGCAGAGAGGAACAUUUGCUCUUGAAAACACAUUCUUCCUCAGGUUCUGGGACAGCACCCAGGACAGGUACCUGGCCUGGAGGAGCGCCCAGGCCAUGCUGUACGGUCAGCCACUGCUGUUUGACAUGGGCCAUGAGUCCCACAUGGCCAAACGGGAGAUAGAGAACACGGUGAACCAGCUGUUGGAGGUUGAAGGCUGGAAUCGACGUGCCACUGAACCCUACCACCUCCACUAUUGCAACCUGCAGACAGACGGGACCUUACAUAAGGAGCUGCUCAGACGAUACGGUGCAGAGUUCUGGAACCGCAUGCUCAUCACCACCUCUGACAAACAGCACAUUGAUCUGUUCCCCCGUGAGCAGCUGGUAUACCUCACUCCAGACUCUCCAAAUGUUCUCCACACGUAUGACCACUCCAAGGUCUACAUUAUCGGUGCUCUGGUGGACCGGUCGCUGAAAACUGGAUUAACUUUGGCCUGUGCCAAGCGUCUGAAUCUGGCCACAGCUCGUUUACCGCUGGACCAGUUCCUCCACUGGGAGAUAGGAGGCAAACAUCUGAGUCUGGACCAGAUGAUCCGCAUCAUGCUAACGAUGAAGGAGACCGGGAAAUGGGAGGAGGCGUUGAAGUUCGUACCUAAGAGGAAGCAUGAUGGCUUCCACCAGCAACGGACACGGGAAGAGUUUACUAAUAACCGAUUCAAGGGAGUUAAAAAUGUUGGACAAAGACAGAUGGUGAAAGGCCUUUUAAGAUCUGGAAAAAUAAAUCGUAAGCGGACAUAUGAAAAUGAGGGCCAAAGUCUUUGCAGGCUCCAUGAAGAGUCUGGGUUCAGUGGUAGAGAAAGAAUGGCUGGACUGCCAAAGUGAGUAUGUGCAUCUUAUCAGAGCAACACUGAGGGACAAAAAGGUGCAGGCAAAGGCCAGAUGAGCUGGAAUGACGAGUCAACAAGUUGAAACUUGGGACAGUAACGACAUGUCUGUUUUUAAAAGCGCUGUCUGAAUAAAGUGUUGUAAAAGGUU